CUUGCAACUUCUUUAAGAGACGAUUGCCACUAGACAAAUUCAGUCGCACAUUAGCAACCAAACGGACAAACAAGUUGAAAAACUAUUAAUUCUAAAAAUAAAGAAUUUGGCAGAAUGAUUUUCGAAUUCUGUCUAACGAUUUUUCUCGUCGGUCUUACCAUCAAAGCGACAAAACGUCCACACAACUUUCCGCCAGGUCCAAGAGGAUUGCCUCUGCUCGGCUAUUUGCCUUUCCUGUCAUCGUGGGAUCCGCAAUAUCCACACAAGGCAAUGAAAAAAAUUAGCGAAGUCUACGGACCUGUAGUGGGAAUGUAUUUUGGACUCAGCAAGCCUAUCAUUUCCGUUUGCGGUCACGAAGCCGUCAAAGAGGCCCUACAUAACGAAGAUCUCGAUGGCCGUCCCUAUAUCCCUGCCGCUUUAGGUCGAACCUUUGGAGAACACUUGGGGCUUAUGUUUGUCAUGGGCCAAUUUUGGCAAGAACAGCGUCGAUUCGCUAUGAGACAUCUCAGAGACCUGGGAUUCGGCAAAACAUCCAUUGAAGAUCAGAUGACGGAUGAACUCGGAGACCUAAUAAAAGAUAUUGAAAACGGGAGUGAAUUAGAUCCUGAACGAAUUGUCGAUUUGAAAGGCAUUUUUCAAGUAUCAGUAAUCAACAUCCUAUGGGCUAUCAUUGCAGGAGAACGUUUUCAACGGAACGAUCCCAAAUUUCAAGAACUUCUUAGAGCAAAUGAGAUGAUGUUCCGAGCGGGAAAUCCCGUCCGAGGCAACAUUCCAAUCCCUGCAUUUGUGUUAAAGCAUUUCCGUUUUGCGAGAGAAUUCAUCGGAAUCAAAAGCGAACUCAUUAAGCCGUUUCAAAAAUUCGUUCAAGUAACUAUUGAUGACCAUCAACAACAAAACCCAUGCGAAGGUGAAGCGCGUGAUUUCAUCGAUGUUUACCUGAAAGAAAUGAACAAACAAAAGGACGAGAACCCAUCAACAAAUUUUACGAACAAACAGCUCAUUUCGAUGAUAACGGAACUGUUCGGUGCAGGUGCCGAAUCAACAAGCAGUUCUAUAGGUUUCGCCAUUAUUCAUUUGAUUCGCCAUCAGCAAGCGCAGCAAAAGAUGCAAAUCGAAUUGGAUCAAGUCUGUGGACAAUUUUUCCCCACUCUUAACCAUCGAUCGAGCUUACCGUAUACUGAAGCGGUUCUGAUGGAAGCCCAACGUUGCAGCACUAUUGCACCAUUCGCCGUACCACAUAGUGCCGUCAAAGACACACAUAUCCAGGGCUAUACAAUUCCAAAAGGAAGUGUUGUUUUACUAAAUCUCGAUGCUGUUCUCCAAGAUUCAAAGUACUGGAAAGAUCCGGAAGUGUUCCGUCCGGAACGCCAUUUGAACGAAAACGGCACCAAAGUGAUUAAAAGUGAUCACUUUUAUCCAUUUGGUCUUGGGAGAAGAAUGUGUUUAGGAGAUUCAUUGGCAAAGAAUACCUAUUUCCUCUUCACAGCUGCUUUGAUCAAGAAGUUUCGAUUUGAGCCCGUUGAAAACGAACCUCUUCCGUCUCUGAACCCAAAGAUUGGAUUUACUUUGGGUUACCAGGGAUUUAAAGCGGUCGUUACUCCUCGUUCGUGAAGCCUAUGGAAAGAAUUUCUUUAAAAAACUACAAGAAAAUAUUUUGUCUUUCUCUUUUUACCCGCAUUUUUAUCUUCUUUCUCUUUCUUAAAUAAUGCUAUCACGAAAAGUCGACUGCCAAACUUGCUUCUCGAGAAAUUUAGAGAAAUUAGAAAAAUAAAUCACAACAAAAGCAAAA